AGUAGCCACCAUGACGAAGGGAACCGGGUCGUUUGGAAAGCGCCAUAACAAGUCACAUACUCUGUGCAUCAGAUGUGGCAAAUCCAGUUAUCAUAUCCAGAAGAAAAGAUGUUCCCAGUGCGCUUACCCCGCCGCUAAAUGCAGGUCUUUCAACUGGUCCGUAAAGGGCAAGAGGAGGAAGACUACUGGAACCGGCCGAAUGAAGAAUCUGAAGAUCGUUCAAAGGAGGUUCAGGAAUGGAUUCCAGACUGGUGUUGCCAAACCUAAUAAGAAAGCCACUUCCUCUUAAGUUAUUCGACUUUUUUAACUAACUA